AGCAGUGCCCAAAUAGUUGGUGGAGUAUCUUCAUUUGUAACAAAACAUACACCGCCUGCGGGGUACUACUCAGACGUGUUUUCAUCCAAAUUUCAAUGACUUAACGAGGAAGUAAAUUCUACACACAACACUACUACUAGUAUUUAUUAAUUACUCGCACACAAACAUUGAAAAUCAAGAGAAGAAGAGGUGUCCCAAAUCUAAUGGACGGACCUCCGGCCAACGAUUGGUGUUCUAUAUGCCAUAACAAUUUCGAUGUUCCCUGUCAAGCCAAUUGCUCUCACUGGUUUUGUGGUAAUUGCAUAUUACAAGUUUGGAGUCAUGGACCUACACUUCAGCCUUGCCUCUGUCCUUUAUGUCGUCGUCAAAUCACUUUGAUAGUUCCUACUGAGUCUUCAUUGCAGCAGCUUCAUGAUCCCGAGGUUUCUGAAAUCCUAGGGAAGGUUCAGACAUACAACCGUAUGUUUGGCCAACGGUCAGAUGGCCUCAUUCAGAGAUUGCAAGAUCUUCCUUUUCUCCUCAGGAGAUUGUUGCGAGAAAUGAUGGACCCUCAAAGAUCUCUACCACUUGUAAUCAGAGCACGGGUCUAUUUGGCAAUGAUAAUCAGUGCCAUCUACAUUGUAAGCCCCAUAGACAUCAUUCCAGAAGGUGUGCUGGGAGUAAUUGGUCUCUUGGAUGAUUUUAUUAUUGCUCUUAUCUGCUUCCUGCAUGUUGCUGCUCUUUAUCGGUCAGUACUUGUUUUUCGCCAUGGUGGUUCAUGAUAUCAUCAUGCCUCUAUUUGCAACAACACAGGACAGUUCUUUCUUUCUUUGUUUUUUCAAUUAUUGUUGUAAAGACAUUUUGCAGUUCCAAAAUUUUAAAUUUGUACUUUUUCUUUCACAAUUACUCGUGGAGAUGUAAUGAUGUAGAAAAUUGAUACAGGAGUUGCACUAAAAAUCAAUGACCAGACAUAUUGUGUGAUUAAA